GUUACAUUUGAGCUAUGCAUCCUACCCUCGUUGCUCUCGCAAAGGCGUCAAGAAGGCCGCUCACUCCUAAGCGGGGAAAUAAGGACUACUACAAGGGUACACGACAGGCCUUUCUUCCCCAUGGUCGCCGUACGGGUGCACCGGGUCAACAUGUGGUCAAGGGCAAGGCCAAGUACAGGUUGAUUGACGAGAAAGUGAGGUUCUUCGUCGCGCCACCGGUGGAGGAGAUCAAUAACUCGAAGCUCAAACCCUACGUCGACAAAAACGUGAAGCUCACCGACGACCAAAGGAACGAGAUCUGGGGAAAGCUUCCGUGGGGUGGUCUUACGGGCAAAAUAUACCUUGACAGAACAUCACGGCCAGGUGGUUCGUCGAGCGUUAUCACCGAGGCGGAGGGAUCAUCAUAACUUCUCAGUGCGCGCAUGUAGGUGCAUGUAUGGUUGCGACUGCCUCAGUGGAGGGCGUGUUUGCUAUGAUCGUAAUUUAUGGUGUGCGCUUUU